UUUUUUUUUUUUUUGUUUAUCUUUCUUUCUUUGUCUUGGUUCCUAUAAACAAAUUUAUUGACCUUCCAAAUAUGUUUUUUGGGAGCAUGGCUUCAAUAGUGAUAGGUGCUAUAGGCUAUGAUAGCCUAUAUUAAUUCAAGACACCAUAACAUAGCAUUAAUGGUGUUAAAGAUUUUCUUUAAUUAUAUUUUUACAAUCUGCAGGGCAUAAAACAUAGAUUUUCUCACAUUCAAAAUUUGCCAUUUCUGGAUCAUCUUUGCUUUAUCACGAGGAUAUAUCUGCUUCAUCUUCUUCUUGCUCUCUCAAGGCAGUGCAAUUGGUCGCUCACAGGCACCCCAAAAACCCUAAAAUCAAAAGCAUCCCAAUUCUCUCCACUACCUGGGAAUAUCCCUCCGCAGCCCCUUAGAAUGGUCCAAAAAACUCCUCCCCAGAAGAAGAGUUACUGCGUAAUGGGAGACGUGUAUGGGGUGAUCAUGCUGCCCAAGGAGGUUGAAAUCAAUAGAGUGAAUAACACUUUUGAUCUCCGAUUCCAUGUUCCUGACUUUACACAGUCCAUCAAAGGUUUCUUCAGAACUAGAGAGGUGGGGGAGUUCGUUAGUGGAGCUUUGGCAGGGGCGAUGACCAAAGCUGUACUUGCUCCUCUAGAGACCAUCAGGACACGAAUGGUUGUGGGUGUUGGGUCCAAAAACAUUACUGGUAGCUUUUUGGAAGUCAUUGAGCAGCAAGGAUGGCAAGGGCUGUGGGCUGGCAACACAGUCAACGUGCUUCGUAUAAUCCCUACGCAGGCAAUUGAACUUGGAACUUUUGAGUGUGUCAAGAGAACAAUGACAUCAGCGCAAGAGAAAUGGAGCAAGGCUGAGUGCCCUAAGGUGCAAAUAGGUCCUAUCUGCUUUAACUUCUCUCUCUCAUGGAUCUCUCCGGUUGCUGUGGCCGGUGCUGCUGCUGGAGUUGUUAGCACACUCGCAUGCCAUCCUCUAGAAGUAUUAAAGGAUCGGCUAACUGUAAAUCCUGAGGCUUACCCCAGCAUAGGCAUUUCACUUAGAAAGAUUUACAAGGAUGGUGGGGUCCGUGCCCUUUAUGCUGGUAUUUCGCCAACACUUAUUGGCAUGCUUCCGUACAGCACAUGCUUCUAUUUUAUGUAUGAGACAAUGAAGAAAUCUUACUGUCUUGCAAAGAAAAAAGAAUCCUUAAACCGAGCAGAGAUGCUCCUGGUUGGAGCUCUGGCAGGUUUUACAGCCAGCACAAUCAGCUUUCCCUUGGAGGUUGCCAGGAAACGGUUGAUGGUUGGAGCUCUACAAGGCAAGUGUCCUCCACACAUGGCAGCGGCACUUUCAGAAGUUAUUCGGGAGGAGGGUUUGUUGGGGCUCUACAGAGGGUGGGGUGCAAGCUGCUUAAAAGUCAUGCCAUCCUCGGGCAUCACCUGGAUGUUUUACGAAGCUUGGAAAGAUAUAUUGCUUGUCGAGAGACGAAAGCAGCAAUAGUCUGCCAGCUCUUCCUGUGCUUGGAAUUGCCAGUUAUGACAGCAUGCAGGUCAUCCAGCUCUUCCCAUGCUUGGAAUCAUCAGAUAAGGCCGGGAGUAGUGCUCAUAACAAUUUUAAGCUCAUGUUGGUGGGAGUCUAACCACUGGCCAUUUGCUGACCUCAAUUAUAUGGUGAAUUUUUCAUAGGAUACAUUACAGAUUUCAAGUCCUGAAAUUUCACAGAAUCACAGUUCACUUUCUCAAGUAGUUUUACAUUUUAGUUUUAUGAAACCCCCAACAGGACUUGAACUACCCUGAAUAUCAAUCAAACUGUGACAAUUUAAACUCCAGAGAGAAAGGGAAGUAUAAUCCUUUUUUUUUUUAUCUUCUCUGCUCCAUCAAGAAAGAAGGAUCUGUACUAACAACAUUUUCUCAUUGAAUAAAAUUAUUAUCAUCCCUUACA